AUGGAGCAUGACGAGACCGGAUGCCAAACCCCGCCCGAUUGUCCGAAACUUUGUAUCAAAAACUGCGGAUUCUUUGGCAGCUCGGCCACGAUGAACAUGUGUUCGAAGUGCCACAGGGCUAUGUCGUUUCAACAAGAACAGCAAGCUAAGCUUGCUUCUGUCGUGUCUGGAUCAUCAUCAUCAUCCGUAAUCAUCAUCACUGUCAAGAAAACUGUUUCAGAUGCAUCCGUGGAUGCUCAAGCUAAACCCGUGGACCCGUUUCCGUACGAUUACCGUGAAGCUGGGCAUGGAGCCAUAGCGAAAAGCGAACCCGGUUGUGAAGGCAGAGAAGCUCGGAAAAAUCUGAAUCCCGUCUCGAAAGCAUUCGCUCAUCCAUCAAACUACAGCCUCCUAAGGUCAGUCAUCGACGACUAG